AUGCGUAAUUUCAUUCAAGCAUCAAACAUGAAUGCAUGGCUAUCUAUCAUGGAUGGACCUUACUCUCCUACUGUAGAAAGGGAAGGUGCCACAAUUGCAAAGCCAAGAAAGGACUGGACUGAUGCUAAUCUCAGAAAGAUGCAGCAUGAUGCUGCGGCCAUCAAUAUGCUCCACUGUGCAUUGGAUGCAUCUGAAUACAACAGGAUCUCUGGGUGCGAGUCAGCAAAAGAGAUUUGGGAAAAACUUGAGACUACCUGUGAAGGGACAAAUAAGGUCAAGGAGUCCAAGAUUAACCAACAGCUUAGAUAUUAUGAGCUGUUUGAGAUGAAAGAAGGCAAGUCUAUUGAGCAAGUGAAGAAAAUACUGAGAAGUCUUCCUAGGAGCUGGGAAGCAAAGAAGACCACUAUUGAAGAAGCUCAUGAUCUAAAAGUCUAUAAAUUUGAUGAGCUGAUUGGAUCCCUGCUGACUCACGAAAUUUCAGUAAGAAAUUUCGAAGAAAAGGAGAAACAAGGAAGGUCUGAGGACAAGAGGCAGAAGGCCAUUGUACUGAAACCUGAUUCAUCUGAAGAUGAAGACUCAGACAUAGAUGAGAUGGCUAUGCUAGCCAGAAAGCUGAAGAAAAUGUUCAAGAAAGGUGGAAGAUUCCACAAGAAGAAGAUUUAG